GUACCAGCUAGGCUGUGCUCACGCCCGCUGCGGGCGGCCCCGGGAGGCGGUGGUGGCGUUUCAGCGGGCGGCGCAGCUGAUGCCCCGACAUCCCGCCUUCCUGCACGAGCUGGCUAAGGCGUGUCAGGUCAUUGGUGACCACAGCAUCGCACUGGGCCACUUCAAUGCAGUGCUGCAGCUGCAGCCCAACAACGCCCGGGCGCUGCUGCGACGAGGUCUCAGUCUCAAGUGCCUUCGGCGGUACGAUGAGGCGGCAGCGGAUUUGCUGGCGGCGAGGAAGCUGGAGCCGUCCAACCCGCUCAUGCAGCUGGACAUGCGUGCACUGGGUAGGGGGGAAGGGAAAGUGAACUUUGUGGAGCUCUGCACCCCCGGAGAGGAGGACGACGUGUUUGUCCUUACGAAGUAUUAG